UUGACAAACUUGUCCAAUGCUUAUAAUAGAAGACUUUUUGCAUUUAUGCUCUAUGAACUCACAGGAGCUGGCAUAUGAAACUAGAAGCAAAAGAAACAUGAACAUAUAGAAGAGAAUGCAACCACCUUGGACAAGAGAGGCCUCAAGAGCCCGAUAUUCUGGCUGUUGUCCAAACCCUUUUCCGAGCCUUCCCGCGUCUCAUUCUGCAACUUUACAGAUUCCAAGCAGUACUGCUGCGGCAUCACAGUAUGAGUUUGAGGUUAGUACAGCUUCUUCUUUCUACCCAAAUUUCCAAUUCACCAAUCAUGAGUCUCUUCCAUCAUUUGAGGAAUCGUUUUCUUAUUUCAACAAAGUGUACCCUCAAUAUUCUCAAACGGAUCAAGCUGACAAAAUCCGAGCUCAAGAAUACUAUAAUUUGUCCCUCUCCAAGCAUGUCUGUCUUGACUACAUUGGCCAUGGCCUUUUCUCUUAUUAUCAGCUUGAAAGUCGAAAUCCUGGAUCUUCUGUUGCAUCUUCAUCAUCUUCUCCUCCUCCACUAGUACAUUCACUUACUUUAGAACCACCAUUUUUUUAUAUUUCCUACAAGUCAGUAAACCUGAAUUCACAGCUACUAUAUGGUGGUGAAGAGACAGAAUUUCAAUCCGAUAUCAGGAAAAGGAUCAUGGCUUUUAUGAAUAUCUCAGAAGCUGAUUACACCAUGGUUAUCACUGCCAAUCAAUCCUCUGCUUUCAAGCUUCUGGCGGAGUCGUAUCCAUUUCAGUCUAGUCAAAAUCUUCUCACGGUUUAUGACUAUCAAAGCGAGGCUGUGGAAGUGAUGAUUGAAAGCUCCAAGAAGAGAGGAGCAAAUAUCAUGUCGGCUAAUUUUUCAUGGCCUAAUCUACAUAUUAAAUCAGAAAAUUUGAGAAAGAAGAUAGUGAACAAAAGCAAGCACAAGAAAAAAGGUCUUUUUGUUUUCCCACUUCAGUCACGUGUCACAGGAUCGAGAUAUUCAUAUCUGUGGAUGAGUCUGGCUCAGGAGAAUGGGUGGCAUGUGCUGCUUGAUGCAUCUGCAUUGGGAGCUAAGAACAUGGAGACCCUGGGGCUUUCUCUCUUUAAUCCUGACUUCCUAAUUUGCUCAUUUUUCAAGGUUUUUGGAGAAAAUCCCUCAGGAUUCUGCUGCUUGUUUAUCAGGAAAUCCAGUGCUUCGGUUUUGAAGGAUUCAGCCACUGCUACAUGUCUGGGAAUAGUGAAUCUUGUCCCACCGUCAGGGCCAACUCGAAUCCCUAAAAAAUCAGCUAUUUCUAGCAUUGAAACCCAAAAGAAGGUGGAUGAAUUUCCUGUUCCAGGUUCAUUCUCAGGCCCGAUAUCUAUUCAACAGAGUAAUGAUGAAACUACUCCUAAAUUACUGAAAACUGAAGGAACCAAAGCUAAAGCAAAAACUCUAUCAUUUUCAGAAAUUGAAGAAGUAAUAGAUACAUCCUUUGAAUCUGCUAGCUCAAAAAUCACCAAUAGCCCUCAGAGUGAAAACCCGAAAGUUGAAUGUAGAAGCUUGGAUCAUGCAGAUUCAUUAGGCCUGAUACUAAUCAGCAGCAGGACAAGGAGCCAGAUCAACUGGUUGGUGAAUGCAUUGAUGAGCCUUGAACAUCCACAUUCAAAAAAUGGAUUACCUGCGGUCAGAAUCUAUGGUCCCAAAAUAAGAUUUGACCGAGGACCCUCCGUGGCAUUUAAUGUAUUCGAUUGGAAAGGAGAGAAGAUUGAUCCUGCAUUAGUACAAAAGCUGGCUGAUAGAAACAGCAUUUCUUUAAGCAUUCGAUUUUUGCAACACAUUUGGUUCUCAGAUAAGCAUAAAGGAGAGAAGGAGAAAGUAUUGGAGACAAGAACAUGUGAAGCUGAAGGAACAGCCUCAAGCAAGAAGAGAGAUAAAUUUCAUUCUGGAAUAUCUGUUGUCACUGCUGCACUUGGAUUCCUGACAAAUUUUGAAGACAUAUAUAGGCUUUGGGCAUUUGUUUCCCGAUUCCUGGAUGCUGAUUUUUUGGAGAAAGAGAAAUGGAGAUACAAAGCUCUUAAUCAAAAAACAAUUGAAAUUUAGGCCAAGCUUAUUCUUUCAUUCUUUCAGAAUAGAAGAUCGAUUAUUAUCUAACAUAACUAUCAAUUAAAAUGUUUCCAGCUUACACUAGAGAAUACUGUGCAGCCAUAGCUCUCCCAUUAUUUUCUUUUCUGCCAAACUUCCUCAAUUCAACUGCUACAGUGCUCUAUCUAUAUUUGUGCAGCU